ACUCACCUUUGUACAGUAGGUACACCGAGACAUCAAGCUACUCAUUUCCAAUAAAGGAUGGUCUCGCAUUGUAUAUGCUUCCCGUCUAAUAAUGGUUCAAUUUAUACUGGAAAGUGUAGCUUGAUGUGUCGUUGUGCGUGUAUUGACUUAGGAUUCGAGAAUAGACUCUCUCCUUUUUUAGACUUUGUAUAUACUUAUUAGCGUCAGAGAGGCGUCGGAUGCAAUCUGAGCCUGUCUGUGUUUACAAAUUUAUCUACUAAUAAAUUAAUAUGUGCCGUUCGAAUGUACACCCAUAGUAAUGUAUUGUAAUGAACGACUUUUUUCAUAAAUUAAAUGCAAAGCAAAACCGCGUGAAACUAGUCGUAUAUUCAUUGUGUAUUAUUGCUACCUUAGCAAUAUUUUUAGGAUUCCGUCGGAGAGAUAUCAUCUUCGUUGAGCAAUGAUUAAUCUCAAGUUAUUCGAACAUUGAUUAAUAUAAAUCAUAAGGAAUUAAUGUGAACGGAAUCCUCAUUCACAUAAGUAGUCAAACUUGACAUAAUUUUCCUUCUGAUCAUCAUUUUUUUACACACACGUAUAGGGAUGAAAUACUAAUGCGUUCACACUAAUGAAGUAUUGGUGCCUAUUAAUAGGAAUGUCAAAUUCUAUGGUUCAAUACUUUCUGCUUAGAGCUGCUAGUAAACACUUCAAGUUACGUACGUGUUUGUGCCAGUACAUAUACUCAUCAAGAAGUAUCAGUUUUUGAAACAACUACCUAUUCGAUAAAGUCAUCAGUUCAUUAUGUCGAAACUUGUAGAUGACAUUUACCCAACGGACGAGGCGUCAUCCGCUGAAGAGCCGGAAAAGAAACCGCUCGAAAAAAAGAGCACGAAGAAGAGAUCUCAUCGCUCAGAGCCGUCGAGCAGUGGCGUACGCACCGGCGCCGGCGGCGGCGCCAGCGCUCGCUCCGACCGGGACACUAAGCGGGCUAAGACCGAGAACAGGAGCACCGCGGCGGCUCUCUUUGGCUCUGAUAGUGAAGAUGAUCACUCUACAUCUCUUGAUAACGAAAUUGGUAAAAAAGUACCCCCUUUAACUUCUUAUGUAAUGAGACGCGUUACGAAUGGAUAUUCGCGCCAAGCUAAUGCAUUAAAACCGGGGACACAUUUCAUUGAGUUAAAAAUAUACAAAUGUGAUGAAAUAGAAAAUGUGUCGCCUAUGAAUAGGUGGCGUCAUGCGAUUGUUACCGUAAAGAAUAGAUCAGAUAUUGAUACCGAAAGUUGGCGUCACUUAUCUGCUUAUUUGAGUGCCAUUCGUAAAGAAUUUAAAAACUGCCCCUCUAUGAUUAUUAAUUCUUAUAAUUAAUUCAAUAAAUAGCUGUGUAGUGUAACUAUGCUUAAAACUACGCACAUUAUAUAACUAUUAUACUAUAUAACCAGUUUUAUGAUUUAUAAAAUAAAACUAUGUAUUCGUUAGAUAUAAGAGAUAUAGUUUAAGGUUUCUUUUGAACCCAUUACAUUUAGAUAAAUAUUAUUGUAUAAACAUCUACCUAUAAUCAUACAUAAUAAUAUAUUAUCCUUCUUGUUAAUAAUAUAAAUAAUAAAAUAUUCUUAUACCUCUAACUUUUAAUUGUUCACAGUUACCCUACGUCAUGAGGAUGAACCCGAUAAAAUUAAUUUUAUGUUAUGUGAGAAAUGCAAUUUAAGAAUAUUAAAACAAAAAUUCAAGAAUCAUACCAGAUCUAAUUUACAUAAGUCGAACUGUCUAUUGAGUACUGAAUUUGAAAGUAUUAAAAUAAUUGCCACUGCAUUUAAGAAUAGAAUAGUUACAUACAGACUAAGUCCAGUACAGGAAGACGAGCACCUCACACCAGAGGCGUUCCUGUGCUAUUAUAAGAAUGAUAUAAAUAGAAUUAUUGAACUGUCGUUAGCAAAACAUAAGUGUAUCAAAGUAAAUUUUGAGCUAUUUGCUUAUUUCAUUUUACCCAAGUCAGAUGAACAACAGCUUAAGUCAUUUAAUACCAAAUUUGAAAUUGUAUGCAGUAGUACAGAUAUAAACUGUAUAAUUAUUAAAAUAAUAAAUAUUUUGGUAGAAAAAAUGAUUGCAUUUGAACACUGCGAGUCCGGUUGGUCAUUUUUUAAAGUAAAUCAUUUAGAAAUUAAUAUAAAUAAAUAUUCACCUAUGAGAGGAGGUAGUUAUUUAGAAUUACCUUCAGUUAUAAAAAAUACUAAAAGUUGCAUAAACAUUAAAAACAAUGAUAAAUACUGUUUGUUAUGGAGCAUUGUAGCUUCGCUGUAUCCUGCUAGAAGUAACGUCUGUAGAACUGCAUCCUAUCCUCAUUUUUCAGAAGUUCUCAAUAUUGAAGGGAUCGCAUUUCCGCCCACUAUUAAUGAUUUGAAACUUUUAGAGAAACAAAAUCCUGAUUUAAGUAUCAAUGUUUAUGGUCUGGAUAAAAAAUGUAAUGUUACUGGGCCUCUAUAUUUGAGUAGUUUAAAGAAAGUUAAUCAUAUAAAUUUAUUAUACAUAGAAAAAGAAGAAAAGGGUCAUUACUGUCUUAUUAAAGAUCUCCCACGAUUAGUAAGACGUCAAAUCACUAAACAUAAUGGAAAACUAGAGUUUUGUGAUUCAUGUUUACAGUUUUUUGCAAGUAAGACUCGAUAUAAUUCGCAUAAAUGUUCUAAAAUUUUAGCAAUAUUACCAGGUGAAAAUAGUAAAUUAAAGUUUAAGCACUAUGAAAGAAAAUUAAAAAUUAAUUUUAUAGUAUACGCAGAUUUUGAAAGCAUAUUGUUAGAUUGUGAUACGAAAUCAAGUGAUAAUAAUACAACUAACAUAAAAUUGCAUCAACCGUCAUCUUUUGGCUAUUAUGUUUGCUGUUCUCAUGAUUCCAGCUUGAAUAAAUAUGUUUGGCAUAGGGGUCCAGACUGUAUUGAAAUAUUUAUAAAAAACUUAAUUAGAGAUGUGAAACGAAUCUGUAGGAUAUUAUCAAUUAAAAAGUCCUUGUCUUCAUUAUCUGAAAACCAAAGAAACAACUAUGAUAUGGCCAAUAUAUGUCAUAUCUGCGAACAGCCUUUAUUGGGAGAUAAAGUUCUUGAUCACGAUCAUAUUACUGGUGAGUAUCGCGGCGCAGCGCAUACUCAUUGUAAUUUAACUUACAAAGUAUGUCCAUUCAUUCCAGUAGUGUUUCACAAUUUAUCGGGAUAUGAUAGUCAUAUUUUUAUAAAAGAAUUAACUAACUAUGAGGGUGACAUCAAGGUAAUACCUAAAUCGAAAGAAAAAUAUAUGUCGAUAACGAAAAACAUUUAUUAUGAAAAAUUGUCUCGCCACAUACAAAUAAAAUUUAUAGAUUCAUUUCAAUUUUUAAGUUGUAGUUUAGAUACAUUAUCAAAAUCUUUAACAAAAGAAGAAAAUAUACAUCUUGCCAGCGAAUUCAGAGAUUAUGAUCAAUUCGUUUUACUGAGAGAAAAGGGUGUUUUUCCUUACGAGUACAUUGAUUCGUGGGCUAAAUAUGAUGUGAAGGAGCUCCCACCUAAAUAUACAUUUUUUAAUAGUUUAACAUCGGAGCAUAUAACAGAUGCUGAAUACCAACGUGCACAAAAAAUUUGGGAUGCUUUUAAGAUUGAUUCUCUUGGUAGAUAUAAUGACUUAUAUUUAAAGAGUGAUGUAUUAUUACUUUGUGAUAUAUUUGAAAAAUUUAGACAAAUGUGCUUGAAAUAUUACAAAUUAGACCCAGCUCAUUAUGUAUCUUCACCUGGUUUAAGUUGGGAUGCUAUGCUUUUAUACACAGGAGUUCAAUUAGAUUUGAUUUCUGAUUUGGAAAUAUAUGAAUUAUUAGAAAAUGGAAUACGUGGCGGUUUGGCUCAAUGUUCACUUCGAUAUGCUAAAUCUAAUAACAAAUACCUACCAGAUUAUGACGUAACUGAACCUUCUUCUUUUUUGAUAUAUCUCGAUGCUAAUAAUUUGUACGGGCAUGCCAUGACCAAAAAGAUGCCGAUAUCAAACUUUUAUUUAUUAAACGAAAAUGAAAUAUCAAAAUUUGAUCUGUUCAACGUUGCAGAUGAUGCAGAUUAUGGUUAUAUUUUAGAAGUAGAUUUAUGUUAUCCACAGCACUUGCACGAUUCUCACAGUGAUUUACCUUUUGCACCCGAAAAAAUAAUACCUCCAGGCGGAAAAACUUAUAAACUAGUAGCAAAUUUAUAUGAUAAAACCAAAUAUGUUAUUCACUAUACAAACUUAAAACAAUGCCUAAAACAUGGAUUGAUUUUAAAAAAGAUCCAUCGUAUAUUAGCUUUUCGACAAGACUGUUUUCUGAAAAAAUACAUUGAUUUGAAUACUCAGUUACGUCAAACAUGUAAUUCAGCAUUCGAAAAAGACUUUUUUAAAUUACUUAAUAAUGCUAUUUUUGGUAAAACAAUUGAAAAUAGACGAAAACAAAAAGACGUGAGGUUAAUAUCACAAUGGGCAGACACGAAAAAUUUAACGAAUAAAAAUGUAGGUGCUGAAAAGUUAAUUUCUAAACCAAAUUUAAAAAGCAUCUAUAUAUUAAAUGAAAAUUUUGUAGUCAUUCAAUUGAAUCAAGAAAAAGUAACCUUAGAUAGGCCAAUAUAUAUUGGUUUUACUGUUUUAGAAUAUGCGAAACAACAUUUAUAUCAGUUUCACUAUGAUUUUAUUAAAAAUAAGUAUAAAAAUCAAACAAUGCUUUGCUACACAGAUACCGAUAGUCUACUUUAUUAUAUACAUACUAAUGAUUUUUAUGCCGAUAUUACUCAAAAUAUUUCACAAUUUGAUACUAGCAAUUUUUCUGAAGAUAACCCUUAUGGAAUUUUUAAAAGGAAUGCAAAGGUUCCUGGUUUAUUUAAAGACGAAUUAGGAGGUGAUGUUAUUUCUGAAUUUGUUGGUCUUAGAGCUAAAUUAUAUUGUAUAAGUAGUGUUAAAACACAUAUAAAGAAAGCAAAAGGCAUUACGAAACAUGUGACAAGAAAAUUAUCAUCAACUAACUACAAGACAGCCUUAUUGAAUGACAAGACAUAUAAACAUAAAAUGAUGAUUAUAAAAUCGAUGAAACAUGUUCUGUAUACACAAGAAAUUAAUAAAGUAGCAUUAAAUAGAAAUGAUGAUAAAAGACAAAUUUUACCAAACCAAAUAUAUACUUUACCUUGGGGGCACUACCAAUCUAUCAAAUAAAUUUAUGAUUAUGUUACAAUAUGUAUAACUGCACUACAUUUUAAUGUAAUUAAUCUACAUUUAAAUGUAUUUUAAUAACUAAGAAUGAAAAAAAAUAUACUUAUUAUUAAUAAACAACCUUAUAUUUUGUUUACUAUAUUGUAAAUGGAUUACAUAAAUAUAGUUAUAGUUUAAUCAUAGAUAUAAGUGUACAUUUGAUAUAUAACAUGUUUUAUUAUACUUAAAUAAAUGACUUUUUACCUAUAAACCUGUUUUUAUUUAUGUUUCCUUAAAAAAAUAAAAUUAAAAAAAGAAUAUAUUAAUCUGUGAUUAGAAUAACAUCAUUCUUACACAGGUGGCAUACUUGAUUUUAUUUAUAUUUUUAAAUCAUAUUAUGUAUAUAUGUGAAUGCUAAACAGUAUUUGAUUUAAUCGGCGAGAUGAAGUUGAUCAAGCAACCCAUAUCCCUAAAUAUUAAUAAUAUAAGAUUAAGUGAAUCUGCCUACUACAUCAGGCAUAGCACUUUAUUGCCGAAUACCAUUCGCUGUAUAAUAUGUGGUCCAUCGAACUGUGGUAAAACGAAUGUUAUGAUUAGUUUACUGCUGCAUGAAAAUGGGCUCAAAUUCAGAAAUCUGUAUCUUUACUCGAAAACUUCUUUUCAACCUAAAUACCGUUUCUUGACUGAAGUGUUGAAAAGAGUACCACAGGUUAAUUUCUACGAAUUCAAUGAUGAUAAAGAUGUUAUUUCUCCGAGUGAAGCUUUAACAAAUUCUGUAUUUAUUUUCGAUGAUGUUGCUUGUGAAAAUCAAAUAAAUAUCCGCAAUUAUUUCUGUAUGGGUAGACAUAAACAAAUAGAUUGUUUCUAUUUGUCUCAAACCUAUUCUAAAAUUCCAAAGCAAUUGUUACGUGACAACGUUAAUUUUCUUAUUAUAUUCAAACAAGAUGAUGUAAAUUUAAAACAUAUUUAUGAAGAGCAUGUUAGUUCUGAUUUACAAUGGAAAGAGUUCAAAAAUAUUUGUCAAACUGUUUGGAGUAAACCUUAUAAUUUUCUACUUAUUAAUAAAGAAUCGUCAUUAAAUAAUGGAAGAUACAGACAGAAUUUUGAUAUGUUUUUUAAAUUUGACUGACUUUUUUAUAUGUCCAUAUAAGUAAUUAACAUGUACAAUCAAACUCAGUAUAAUUUGUUCUUUAGCCGAACACAGUUGUUACCUAUUAUAGUUACAAUAUGGAGAAAAAUAUUAAAAUAGAAUUAAUGAAAUCUGUAGACUCCAUAAAGAAUAAAAUAAAACAAAUGAAAAACCAGGAACACUCUAUAAACUUAACACUUGAUAAAAUGUUAAAACCUGUCACAGAUCCCCUUAAAACCCUAGUUGAUUCGAAUAAAACAAUAGAAAAAAUACAAAAUUUAGAAAAUACACACUCUAAUUCUGAAGAUGUGGAAUUGAGUGAUAUUAAUACUAGCUCAUCUACAAAGUUUGAAGAAUGCUACACUCCAGAACUGAAUUCUGUGCAGUUCGUUAAAAAGUCUCCCCAAACGGAAUCACUGGAAGAUUUAGAAAUAUCAUUAGAGGGUCAUGAUAUCCAUGAUAUUUAUGAAGGGGUAAAUAUACCAUUUGGAAUAAGAAGUGAAAACAAAAAAUUAUUAAUGGGCAAUUCAAUAGUUUCAUUUUCUAAAAUAGAUAGUGUGAAUGAUGAUAAUGUUAUUUUAAUUAAAGUUGGUGAUAAAACCUACAGUUUAACCGCUGGUUUAAAAGAACUUUUACUUCGAAGAAAACCUGAUUUGAAACUAAUAUCGAGCAAAGAUAAAUUGGUCUACAAAGAUAUGUUGCAUUAUACAAAUGCACAUAAGAGAGAUUUCAAUCCUAAUGGACAAAUUAGAGGCGAUAAAGGUAUAAAAUAUCGAGACAUAAUUAAACCAUUGUUUUCUGAGUCGUUAAAUAAUAAUAUUGUCACAAAAUUUGGAGGAAGCUUACCAACGCUAAAGAAAUACAGAAAUAACACUGACUUGGUAUAUUGGGAUGAUCCUAACGAACUGGUUGACAGAUUGAAACUAUUAAUUGCUUCCCGAGAUGCCGGUAAUACAAACCAUGAUAAUGAAAUUUUAUCAAUAAUCGAAGAAUUAAAAGAAGCUGAUAUAAUUAAAGAAUAAAUAGUCAUAAUAAUAAGCGUUUUAUUCAGUACGAUAGCUGAUUUCAAGACAAGUAUACUGAACUGCAAACAUGAGCAAAGCUGACGUGGUAAACGAAAUUCAUAAAAAUGCGAGGGUCAACUAUCCACGAAGACAUGUUAUCAUGAAAGAUAUAGAUGACUUGUGGCAAGCAGACUUAAUUGAUAUGCAAUCAAUUUCAAAAGAAAAUAAAAAUUACAGAUAUAUUCUUGCCGUUAUUGAUACAUUUUCGAAAUAUGCUUGGGCCUUUCCUAUGAGAAGUAAAACCAAAGAAGAUGUGUGUAACUCUUUCAAAACUUUGUUGGAUAAAGGACGUGUUCCCAAAAAUCUGCAAACGGAUAAUGGAGCAGAAUUUUAUAAUAACAAAUUUCAGAAGCUUAUGAAAUCAUAUAAUAUUAACCAUUAUUCAACCUUCUCAACAAAAAAAGGCUUCAAUAGUUGAACGAUUUAUCAGGACAUUCAAAUCUAAAGUUUAUAAAGAAUUUAGUUUAAAAGGCAAUUACAAUUGGAUAAAUAAUACCCUAAAUGAUGUUCUUUACAAAUACAAUCACACUCACCAUCGUACUAUUAAUGAAAUCCCUGCUAAUGUAGACAAUAUUAAUAAAAAAAUGAUAUUAGAAAGGUAUUUAAAGUUGUUAAAAAUUGAUAAUUUAAAAAGCAAGUACAAAGUAGGUGAUUAUGUGCGUAUCAGUAAAUACAAAGGAACAUUUGAAAAAGGUUAUACUCCCAAUUGGUCAACAGAAAUAUUUAAAAUUCGUAAAAUACAAAAAACAACUCCCAUAACUUACUUAAUUGAAGAUACUCUCAGAGGUCAGCCUAUUUUAGGCGCAUUUUAUACACAAGAACUUCAAAAAACAAAACAUCCCAAUGUGUAUCUAGUUGAGAAAGUUCUUAGAAGAAAAGAUAAUAGAGUUUUAGUAAAAUGGUUAGGUUUAUCUUCAGCUGAAAAUAGUUGGAUUCAUAAAUCAAAUAUAUUACUAUAGCAUUGACCUAAUACCAAAAUCAUGGAAGAAUCUUUUAAGUAUUUAUUAAUAUGCACAAUUUAGAUUCAUCAGUCUUCUAAUGUGUUUUGGGGAGAGUAGUCUUCUCAACUGGCUUAUAAACAAUUUACCAUUUGAAUUACAUUUACCUGGUUACAAUUAUUGCGGUCCAGGUACGAAAUUAACUAAAAGACUUACACGUGGAGAUAGCGGUAUUAACAAAUUAGACGAAUAUUGCAAAAAUCACGACAUUGCCUAUCAAAAUUCAUUAAAUUUAAAGGAUCGGCACAAGGCUGAUUUAAUUCUAUUAAAAAUGGCAAAAGAGCGAGUGGUUGCUUCUGAUGCGAGUGUAGGCGAAAAAAUUGCAGCACGCUUAGUAAGCAAGGCAAUGUCCAGCAAAAUUAAAACUGGUUCUGGCCUAAAAACAAGCAAUAAAAAGUCUUCUUUAAAAGCUACACAUGGAAAAGGAUUAAAAAGUAAACUGAAAAAUGUUAUCACUAAAACUAAAAAACACAUGAAAAAAUUAAAACCAAAGACCAAGAAGAUUGCUAUAGAAUUAGCUAUUGCUGCUGCCAGAGAAUUAGCUGAUAAUUCAUCCCUUAAACUUCCUCGUGUGAUUCCUAUUCCAAAAACUGGUGGUGUAUUACCUUUAAUUCCUAUUUUUGCGGGAUUAUCAGCGGCAGGAGCUUUAGCAGGCGGUGCAGCUGGUAUUGCUAAAACUAUUAAUGAAUUCAAGAUGGCUAAAAAGAUGUUGAUUGAAUCGAAAAGACAUAAUGAAAAAAUGGAAGCUCUAUGUAUUGGAAAAGGAUUACACCUUAAACCGCAUAAAGAUGGGCUCGGAAUUUUUGUAUCGAAACAAAAAAACUUAAGAUAUCGGCUACCCAAACGAGCCUUAACUAACUUUGAUAUUUUAAAGUAUGCUGACAGUAUUCCUUAUUUUAGAGGUGUAUUUAUGAGAGAUGAACUCCCUCAAUAUCCUUUUAAAAAAGAAUGUGGAGUUAUUAAUUUAGACUGUUCUAAAAAUCCUGGUUCUCAUUGGGUAGCCUAUGCAAAAUAUAAUGAUUACAUUGAGUAUUUUGAUAGUUACGGAAAUCUUAAGCCUCCAAAAGAAUUCAUAAAAUAUGUAGGUUCUAAAGUUCAAUAUAAUUAUGAUAAUAUACAACGUGAUCACCCCUUCAAUUGUGGACAUCUCUGCUUAAAUUUUUUACGAAAAUUCUGGUUUAAUCAAGAAAUAAAAUAAACAGGAUCUUCAAAAUGCGUUCAGUAUGCAAGUAUGACUACAACAGUUACCAUCUCUGGAAAUACAUCUGAAUUGAUUUCUUACUUUCAACCACCACUGCAUUUAUCUGACCAAUACGAGUGCGGUUUGCUAUACUUUUCAGUAUUAAAUUCAAGACCAGAAGUGGCAGUCAACAACAACAGUCUAAAUGUAAUUAGAAUCGAAUGUGAUCUUGUAAACGGUUCAUACUGCAAUGGCUUACCAGCACAUUUUAUUCACGAAUUUGUAUCUGAUACUGCUGCAGGUCGGCGGUUGAUAGAAAUACCACAAAACGUUAUUUACUUUCCAGUGAACAAAAAUCUAAUUUCAUCUAUAUCUGUUAAGAUUGUUGAUCAACUCGGUAACUGUAUUAACUUCGGUGAAGAACAUAUUCAAUUACGCCUUCAUUUAAGAAAAACAAAAUGAUAGUAUAUUAUAAAAACACUCCUGUGGAAAUCAAACGUCUUAUUCCAUCCAGGACCAUUAAGGAGCAUAGACGUAAGAAAAAAGUGAAAAAAUUGAGUGAAGCAAAUAAAGCUUUUCUUAAAGCUCUAGGUUUUAAAGUAUGAAUAUAUUACAAAUUACUGAAUUACCUCACUUCGAUAGUUCAAUUGAAAGCUAUGAAGUCCACACAUACAAUCCCUACACUAAUAGCUUUAGAGAAAACGAUGAAAUCAGAAUUCCCGUACACCAACAAGACAUAUACGUGUUACCAUCAGCCAGUUCACUUUACGUCGAGGGUCAAGCAAAGUUCUUCGACAAAGAUGGAAAACCGAUUAAGAAAAAUAUUACGUUCAGUAACAACCCUAUUAUGUUUUUGUUUCAAGAUAUCAGAUACGAAAUAAAUGGCAUUGAAAUAGAUCGCAUUAAAAAUUCUGGAAUAACGUCGACAAUAAAGUCAUAUGUUUCAAUGAAUGAUGGAGAAAAUAAAGUUGCUGCUUUAUGGGGUUGGAACCUAGAUGGAUUCAAAAGUGAUGGUCAUUUUAGUGCUAUUGUACCUCUUAAUAAGAUUUUAGGCUUUGCGGAGGAUUACAAUAAAAUUGUGAUAAAUUGUAAACAUGAACUUAUUUUGAAUAGAAGUAACUCUAACUUAAACAGUAUCUUAGCAACUGAUGAUAUUGCACAUUUUCAAAUAGACAUACAAAGAUUGCAAUGGCGUGUACCACAUAUAAAAGUGUCAGACCGUGAACGACUGACACUACUAAAACACUUGGAGAGAGAUAAACCUAUUCAAAUAGCGUUUCGAAAUUGGGAUUUAUAUGAGUAUCCUUUGCUCCCUAAAACUACAAAACAUUCUUGGUCAGUUAAGACUGCAUCGCAAUUAGAAAAACCACGAUAUGUAAUUUUUUGCUUGCAAACCAACAGAAAAAAUAAUAAAACGAAAGACAGUUCUCUGUUUGAUCACUGUGGGGUUAGUAACGUAACAUUAUUUUUGAAUUCGCAGUAUUAUCCUUACGAGCCUCUAAGCUUAAAUUUUUCUGAGAACAAAUACAAUAUAUUAUAUGAAAUGUACGUGAAAUUUCGUCAGUCGUAUUACAAUUGUCCUGCAGACCCCUUGCUUAAUUUGUUUGAUUUCAAGGAGAAGGCCCCUCUCUUUAUUAUAGACUGUUCAAGACAAAACGAUAGUUUGAAAACAGGCCCCGUAGAUGUACGGUUAGAGAUUGAAUGUUCCGCACCAAUACCAGAUAAUACAACUGGAUACUGUUUAAUUAUUAACGAUCGACUUGUGGAAUAUAAACCUUUAAGUAACAUAGUGCGCAGAUUAU